AUGGGCACCUCGGUCGCCGCCACAGUCGCCGUUGCCGUCACGGUCGUCCUCGUGCUCGCGGGGGUAACCCAUGCCGAGAUCAGGACGACACUGAUCGUGUCAGACGCGCGGCCCUUGAUCCUCUUCGAGCAGUUCGGCUUCGCGCGUGGCGGCAAGGCCGCCCUCUCCAUACGCCGCUCGGCAUGGAGACUCCGGCCGGGAUCACGCCUCACCGGAGUCGACCCCACCCUUAUGGGGUUCGUCCUCAUUUCCGGAGCCCAGUUUCCCAAGAUCAACAAUGCGUCCGAGUACGCCGCCGCCGAUCCAGGAGGCAACAGCGGCGGCGGCGGUUUCUGCGUGCUGACGAGCGGAUACGCCGUCCCGAUGAUCCGGCUCAGCGACGUCCCGGCAGGCGGCGCCACCAGUAUCCUGCCUAUCGACGAUCCAGACGAGUACGCGGUCGUGUUCAACAACUGCCAAGAGGGCGUGGAGGUCACCUUGGACGUGCGCACCGAGAUGUACAACGUGCAGGGCGGCGUCCCCGACGGGCAGAGAGACUACCUCCCCGUGGGGCUCCAGCCGCUGCCGAACAUCUACACCGUCGUGUCGGCGGUGUACUUCGCGUUCCUGGUGGUGUGGGCGUGGGCGUGCCUGCGGAGGCGCGCGACGGCGGAGCGGAUCCACGUGGUGAUGGGCGCGUUGCUUCUGUUCAAGGCGCUCAAGAUGGCGUGCGCGGCGGAGGACACAUGGUAUGUGGAGCGCACGGGCACGCCGCACGGCUGGGACGUUGCGUUCUACGUCUUCGGUUUCUUCAAGGGAGUCCUGCUCUUCACCGUCAUCGUGCUCAUCGGCACCGGCUGGUCCUUUCUCAAACCUUACCUCCAGGAACGGGAGAAGAAUGUGUUGAUGAUAGUGAUCCCGCUGCAAGUGAUCGAGAACCUGGUGCUGGUGGUGAUCGGGGAGACCGGGCCCACGGGGCGGGACUGGGUGGUGUGGAACCAGCUCUUCCUGCUCGUCGACGUCGUCUGCUGCUGCGCCGUCUUCUUCCCCAUCAUCUGGUCCAUCCGGGCCCUGCGCGACGCCUCCAAGACCGACGGCAAGGCCGCGCGCAACCUACACAAGCUUACCCUCUUCAAGCGGUUCUACGUCGUCGUCGUCGGCUACCUCUACUUCACCCGAAUCAUCGUCUCCGCCUUCCUCGCUCUCCUCAGCUACAGGUAUCAAUGGGGCGUCAAUGUCGCCGUCGAGGCCGCAAGCUUCGCAUUCUACCUCUUCGUCUUCUACAACUUCCAUCCCGUCGAGAAGAACCCAUACCUCUACGUUGGGGACGACGAGGAGGAGUCGGCAGGUGGGCAGCUCGAGAUGGACGACCGUGCUUUCUGA